CUCAGCUGUUUGUGUUAUCACACAACAUUUCCUUCGCACAUUCGUACCGAAUGUUCGGUAGAUGCGAGUGCUGUAUAACAGGCGUCGGAUAUUAGCGGUGUGUGAGAAGGUGUGUGUGUUUAUGUGGUUGUGUUGCAGGACGUUUCUGGUUUGUUACGCUUUUUCUGCUGUUACCUAGAGUCGCACAUGCGGUUAUGUUGGUAUGGUGAUUACCUGCCAUUAUUACGCGGGCCACGAUACAGAGGGUCGGUGUGAGGGAUCGAGCCAGAUAUCCGUGCAUGAUAUACGAAAAUAUUCUAGCAUCUGCGAAUCAUAAGUUAUUGAAUUGUGACAAUCACCUGCAGUUGGAUUUUCAGUUUCACUGAACUUGCUACACGGGUAUUAUAGUAGUGCAGUGUGUGGAUACAUUGUAUUCAUCGAUGAAGUGCCAGGUGGUUUUUGAGAACAAGCCUUUGGAAGUAAACUUUCGUAUUCAAAUUGAAACUUGAAAGUGAUUUUUUGUUUACCGGUGAUUGCACAUUUCAACGUGACAAUAUUCCAUGGAUAAUUUCUGGUUUCUGAAAGUUAAAAAUUGUCUUCAAUUGGAUAACAUAGUCUUGUAAAGGUUGAGUGGUCGAGAUCCGUGCCGAACAACACAAAGUGACCGUGUCAUCCGGCAGAUUGUAUUAUGAAACUGCUGCCCCUUUCUCUGCCCCCCGUCACGGCGAUGGAUCGUCUGCCGCUGUCGCUGCCCUUCAGCCCUACGGAUUUGCUGUGGAGAUAUCCCUUGGGAUUCCCUGCAGCCACCAGUCAGCCGCCUCCAAUGUCUCCGCUCCUAGACUUCAAGACACACCUUCCAACUAGUUUAGCAUCUGAUCCAAGAGUCUGGUCACGUGAGGAUGUGGCCACAUUCCUCAGGUGGUGUGAGAGGGAAUUUGACUUGCCUCAUUUUGACAUGGAGAUGUUCCAGAUGAAUGGUAAGGCAAUAUGCCUUCUCACAAAAAGUGACUUAGCAGAGCGUUCUCCAGGGUCAGGCGAUGUUCUGCACAAUGUUCUGCAACUCCUAAUGAGAGAUGCGCAGACAUUGCAGCGCUGUCUGCCCAGUAGUCCUGUGACACCCACGUCACGUCAUUACAUGCUCUCGCCGCACCACAUAACAGGAACGACAUCACAUCCCUCCACCCCAACCUGGAACAACUUGCUGACGUCAACAGCUGUGGCAGCGUCGGACUUCCAGACCCCGAGCCUUGCUCAUCUCGUUCAUCAGGGAAACUCUGUCACACUCAGCCCUGCGCCAUCUGUUGACAGCCAGUCAGGGAGCCCACAGCACGCAGACCACAAUGCAGCGUCUUCAUAUCAUGGAGGUAGCAAUGGAAGCAAUCAAUCAUCUGAUUCAGAUGAAGAUAGUUACCAGGAUAGCAACAGCGGUAGCUUGCCACUAGCAAAUGGUGGAGGCGGAACACAGCAUGGGUUACACCCAGGUGGCAGUAGCAGCAGUAACAGUCCCCCAUCAACACCUGGAAUUAAUGCCGCAGUUCCAUCAAUUCCUCAUCAGUCGCCACAUUCGCCCGCCAAGGAGCAAACGAGUCCUGGUGCUAAUUUAAAUGGAGGUGGCUUCAGAGCUGUAACAAGGGAGUUCUUCCCCACAGAGACACCAGAACCCAACACAAAUGGAAGAUUACUGUGGGAUUUCCUCCAGCAGCUGCUGAAUGAUCCCACUCAGCGUUACACCAACUACAUAGCGUGGAAGAACCGUGAUACCGGAGUGUUCAAGAUCGUAGAUCCGGCAGGACUGGCCAAAUUGUGGGGCAUUCAAAAGAAUCACCUUUCUAUGAAUUACGAUAAAAUGUCAAGAGCUCUCCGUUAUUACUACCGGGUUAACAUCCUGCGCAAAGUGCAAGGGGAACGGCACUGUUAUCAAUUCCUUCGUAACCCAAGUGAAUUGAAGAGUAUCAAGAAUAUGUCACUUCUUCGUCAGCAGAUGAGCCCUACCAGACCACCAGCUUCCCUGCAACAGCAUCAGCAUCAGGUGAUGCCCCCUGUGGCAGUCAGUAUCAAAGUUGAACCUGACCUAGAGGAAGGCGAUUCUCCGAUAGACGAGGACUUGCUCCCAACAGACCUGAGUAUGGAGCACCCCACAGACCUUAGCCCGAGUCGUCACACGUCUGAACAUCGGGUCAUACACUGUCAGUCGGAGGUCAAUAUUUCCGCGAGCAGAGACUCGUCUACUCAGUUCAAUGGCAUCAAGAUCAAAUCAGAUUCUGAGAGUACAGACGAGAACAAGUGAUUAUCUGCGAGUUUCCACUGUUCUUGUGGAAGUAAUCAGGGAUUUGCGAGUGAACUAAAAUCUGAAUAUGAAUGUAGUCCAAGAUAUGAAAUGUGGAUGUUCCGUAACACUAACUAUUCUGUGUAAAAUAUUAUGAAGGAAGAUCCACACUGAAGAAGCUUUGAUGGAUGACUUCUGUUGUAUAUAAGAAAAGGAACUGCCACAUUGGACCAUGAAUAUUUAUAAAAGUGUAUUGAAAUAAUAUGGUUACGGUGUGAAAUCUUUUUGUGUGCCAGAAAGUUUGCUCGAUUGCAACAAGCAGUGUCCGUAGAAUGUUAUACAAGAAAUAUUAACUUCCUAAGGGAGUUUCAUUUAACUUCCUCAGGAAAUAUCUUCUGAAGAAAAUAAGGUGUAACUUGAAAUGCGUCUAUUUUUAAAAUUGUUGCCGAAUUACAGAAUAUUAAUGUAAGUAAUUACUGAGUGAAAUGCGUAAGAUGUCUGGAAAUUUAGCUACAGCUACGAUCAUCUGCACACUUUUGCUGUACUGGAUGUACUAUAUAUAGCGUACGUUGUGUAGUGCGGCUGCAGUCUUGUUAUGUACUCCUUGUUCAUUGGGUCGUUAUGUGUAGGUUGACAGCAAUGCAGAAUUGUUGCUGUUAAAAGAACGGUUGUUUUAUUAGAAAGACAGCUGUAAAAUAGUGCCAAGAUUAUUAAUGCAAGAUCCACAGGAAAGUUGGUGAGUAGAACCACCAAAUACUUUCCCUUCAAACCAGUUGUGGUUUACCACUACUAGAAACAAAGCUGUUUCCUGUUCUGAUAUAGCAUAAAAUAUAUCGUGUUAGAGAUAAAUGAGUCAUUCUGCUACUGCCCGAGAAGGUAAAAACUAAUAUGAAUCGUCGUCAAUGUUACUACAGAGGGGACUUGUCAGUGUUGUCUCAAGUUUGAUUUAAUCUAAUUGAAAAACAUUAAAGGGGCAGCUAAAAUAAUAUGGAUCAAGUGUUAUUCGUCCUAGUAGGAUGCUCAAAUCUGUAAUGUGAAAAAAGAAAAUUUGAAGUGUUGGUAAAUUGGUAGGAUAUAAAUACGUAUGAAACAACAACAGAAACAUUCCACCAACAGAAAAUAGUAUCUGUUAUGAUUGUGGUAACAGUUUCUUCAAUUAUUUUUACUGAAUCAUGGUUUUGGGUUUGAAAGUGGGGGAAUUGUUUUAAUUGACUCUUGGUGCAUUGGGUGUUAAUGGGAAUCUUUUUUUAAAUUAUUACAUUACACAAAUAAUUUUGCUCAUGUUUGAAACUGGCAUUAUAUAAAUAUGAUUACUCUAGUGUUUUGAAAAAUUUAAAAUUUUAUUUAAUUGUAUUUUUUCACUCUGUGAUGUGAUCUCUUGCUGUAUUAUUAUCUGCUGCAAUAUGAGUUAUUUUUAAUAUUGUUUUGUUGUAUAUAAUUUAAAAAACUGCCUGCAAAUUCUCACAGGUGAUGUAGAGCUUUGUACAUAUAAGAUAGCUUAAAAAUGAUUAAAUAUAUGCUAUUUAGCAAGCCUUGUAUUAAUAAUACAAGUUUGCCUUAAUAUUAAAGUUUAAAAGAAGUUUUACUGAAAGGUUAUAUAGCAUUGUAUUGUACAGUUAAAAGUUUGAGGGUUCAUUUCACCUUUUGAACUCAAAUUUUUUAUAAAUAUUAAAGAAGGCUGUCUAAUGAAUGUGGGUGUGAAUAUAUAUGAAUACAGUGUAUCAAAUGCUGGGAUGCUUUGCAGCUUGCUAGAAAAUGGAAUGGAAACUGUAGAUAGGCGAUGCAUCUGCUUUGCAAUCCUUAAAAGAAUUACCCAUGACAUUGGGGGAAUAGUUGGGAUAAUCAGGCAGCUGGGUUUAGGGUGAAUUUGAUCAUAAUAUGGGAAACCAGAUUAAAACAUAUCUUGGUUACUGCAGAACAGGGCAAUGAAGAAAGAUCUCAUACUUGUGAACAGAAAAAAUAAAAAAUUGUACAAAUUAUA